AUGUUUCCUGGAGUGGUUCACCGAGACCACAACGGGACUGACAAGAUCAACGUCGUCAGACUCUUGGAGGAAUUAUACACUGCAUUCAAAGGGCACAAGCUUCUGCUUACAGCUGCCGUUCCAAUUGACCAGCACAUACUGGAUGAAGGAUACGACACACCGGCAAUCGACAGAUACCUUGACUGGUUGAAAGUCAUAGGUUACGGCCUUAGAGGAUACAGGAACGGCAGAGCUGACAUUCAUAGUCCUCUCCACCCCAGAACCUUCGACCAAGCCGAUGUCCUGCAGCUCAAUCUGGAACAGGGUCUUGAGGCGCUGCUGGACCGCGGAGCCUCGAAACGGAAGUUGGUAGUAGGCGUGGCCUUCUUCGGGCGUGUGUACAGGCUCGCGUUCCCAGAGAACACCACCCUGCACGCGCCUAUCUACCUCUUCAACAGGCCGGAAAAGGGUGCCUUCCUCAAGAGCAACACGACAUACGCCUACUUCGAGAUUUGCAUGAAAUUAAGGUCCGGCAGAUGGAACCGCAGCUUCGACGCACAAGGAAUGUGUCCGUAUGCAAGUAACGGCCGGGACUGGGUGGGAUACGAAGACGCAGAAAGCAUCUCCAAGAAGGUUGAAUUUGUCAGAAAGGAAGGCUACGCCGGCAUAAUGGUAUCACGUUGUGACAUGGACGAUUUUCGUGGAGUAUGCGGAACGCCUAAUAUACUGCUGCAAACAAUCAAUGAUGCCAUACCCAGGCUGACGAACGUUAUCUUGAGCGGCGGCCAGGGCUUGCGCUUUGGCGGCAUCUUCGGCCAUCUGGACGACCAGGAGUUCGAGAUCCGGGUCUGA